AUGAAGACCCAAAUCCUAGCUGUCCUGAGCGUUCUUUUCGCUCUCGCUCCCGCCGUACCUACCACGUCGGACAGCACCCAGAAUGUCACCGACAUCAUCAACAACAUCCCCCAGUCCCCCAAUGGAGUCCUGUACCUCGGCAGCGACGGCGUUUUGAGAUCCGUCGACGCAGCCAACCGGGUCGUCUCCUACCAGCAACUGAGCCCGCAGCAAAUCAGCCAGUACAUCCAAAACCUGCCACAGCGGGAUGCAGCCCGUCUUCAACGCGUGUUCCAGGACGUUGACGGCCGCGACGUCACGGACCUUGACCAGUUGCUCAAUCCUGAUUCUGACCAGCUACCGCCCACGGUGACCAGCACCGUGUCUCAGUCUCUGCCAACGGGCACUCAAAUGCCAAACCAGGAUAUGUGCAGGAAUGUGGGUUCUUACGAAACAGGGAUUCAUGCACCUAAAACAGAGCCCGUCCCAGAUCGAAAACUACAAGUUUCCAGUAGGAGAUAA